CGGUGGGUGUUCAAAGGCUAGUUAUAAACAAAAUAAAAAACCAACAAAAUAAUAAUUAUUAUUACAAAGGUAAGACAGGAGGCCCAUGUUGACAGACAGACAAAAGACGACAAACAAUACAGGCACACAAGUGGAAAAGUCACAUGAAACAAAAUCUGAAAUGGGCCAACAACACUCUUACUCAACAAACUUUAAGUCAGAAUGCCUGAAAGACCAUGUUCUGGGAACAAUCUAUGGCAACUGUAUUGGAGAUGCUAUUGGUCUGUUGACAGAAUUCAUGAACAAAGAGCAGGCUGCAAAGGAAUAUCCAAAUAAGCCACUGGAAUACAGUUCGAAGACUUUAAUUCCAAAGCAGUUUCGACAUCAGCAUCGCUUCCCCGUAGCUGAUUGGACGGAUGAUAGUGACCAGAUGAUUCUAAUUAUGCAGUCAUUAACAGACAACAAAGGAAAGACUGUGGCGACAGAUUUUGCUGAUAGAAUGCUGACUUGGGCUAAAGAAGGCUUCAAAGAGCUUGGUGAUUCUUGUGGAAUGGGUAUUGGUAGGACUACCGGCAUGGUUCUGUACGAUUUAAGUUUUACAACUGACCCUCAUGAGUCUGCCAAGUAUGUAUGGGAAUCGGGUAACAAGUCCAUAGCUCCCAAUGGAGCUGUGAUGAGGACCUCAAUUAUCGGAAUUUGCAACUUUGGAAACAUGAAAACCGUCAUCAGCAACACUAUAAACAUUUGUAAAGUUACACAUGCCGACCCCAGAUGUCAAGUUUCAACUGUUGCUGUGACAACUGCCAUAGCAAUGAUGCUGCAGGGCAAAUACUUCAAAGAUGGGACAUAUGAUGUCAGUAAAUUGUCAGAAGAUGCGUUUAAUUAUGCAAAGGAACAUUUACCAAAAUUGGAAGAUGGAAAUGAAGACCCAGAUGCUAUUGCUGAAUUGAGACGACACAUGUUUGCUAAUUCUCUAGAUGAGCUAAAUUUGGCUGAGGUUGGAAAGAUUGGCUACACAUACAAAUGUCUUGGAGCAGGAUUCUGGGCAUUUAGACAAGACAAUUUCAGGGAUGCAAUUGAAGCCAUUACUAUGGAGGCUGGAGAUGCUGAUACAAAUGGUGCUGUAGCUGGUGCUCUGUUAGGUUGCAAACUGGGAGCAGCGGCCCUACCUGCCUCUUGGCGUGAUCAACUGAAACACAAGACAUGGCUGGAUAAACAGAUUAGGAACUUUGUAACUGCUUGUAAAAUUCCAAUCAAGAUGGAAUAAUGUAUAUCAAGAGCAUGUUGUAUUCGUUAUUAAUUAUUAUUAUACUACUGUAUAUUUCAUUAUUAUAUUUAUUACUGUACAUUAUUUGUCUGAACCUUAAAUAUAGAAUUUUGUAACUUAUUAAAGAAUUGUAAUACAGUAUUUUGUAUAAAGGAUUUGUAUGUCGUGUGCAAUAUUGUUAUUUAUUAGUACAGUAUUGCCUUUUUAUGCUGUGAUCAUUCUUAUUCUUAAUCUUUAUUGCCAAAUCGAGAACAUAAACAGUAAGCCUUAUGAUGUUCAUUGUUUUUACAGUUUCAAGAAAAUCUUGUGUCUUUUAUUGUUUGUAGAUAGUUAAAGAGUCGAACACUAUGGAGAAACAACUUCAUUAACUACUGUAUCAUCUGUAGAAUAUUUUAACUUCCAAGAAAGAGGAAAUCCUAGACGGUAUUCAUAUUUAUGCAGCAUAGUGCUAAGACGUUGUUAUUGUAGAUCAGUUUUAAGUUCUUCCACCAGAGGUAUAGAGAAACAAUUCCAUUACUAACAUGUUAUUCAUUCAUUAAUAUUGUAAUUAUGUAUUACAUGCAUGUAAAUGUGUUAAGCCCUUUAUAAUAAUUGUAAAUAACAAUAAUGAAAAUAACGAUGACAGUGACAAGUAAAACGAUAAACAACAAUAAUUAUGUUGUGGGUCUGUAUUCAUCAAAGGAGAUGCUCAUGAACAUUAUUAAAAAAUUGACGAUGAACUAAGCAUAAUAAAUACAGUUUGCCCUCCAAUUCGAGACCAAUUUGGGACCUGAAAAUGUGGGGUGGUCUCGGGGUUGGUCUCCAAUUAGAGGGCUAGC